AUGAAAUUGGAUCAUGUUCUCUUGCACAUACGAGGAGGGAAGCUCAUGAUUACUUACACUCGUAAAAGUGAUGCUGGCAAAUAUGUUUGUGUUGGUACCAACAUGGUUGGGGAACGUGAAAGUGAAGUAGCAGAACUAACUGUUUUAGAGAGACCAUCAUUUGUGAAGAGACCCAGUAACUUGGCAGUAACUGUGGAUGACAGUGCGGAGUUUAAAUGUGAGGCCCGAGGUGACCCUGUGCCUACAGUACGAUGGAGGAAAGAUGAUGGAGAGCUGCCCAAAUCCAGAUAUGAAAUCCGAGAUGAUCAUACCUUGAAAAUUCGGAAGGUGAUGGCUGGUGACAUGGGAUCAUAUACUUGUGUUGCAGAAAAUAUGGUUGGAAAAGCUGAAGCUUCUGCUACUCUGACUGUUCAAGUUGGGUCUGAACCUCCACAUUUUGUUGUGAAACCCCGUGACCAGGUUGUUGCCUUGGGACGAACUGUAACGUUUCAAUGUGAAGCAACUGGAAACCCACAACCAGCUAUUUUUUGGAGGAGAGAGGGGAGUCAGAAUCUGCUUUUCUCCUAUCAGCCGCCACAGUCAUCCAGCCGAUUUUCGGUCUCCCAGACUGGUGACCUCACUAUCACUAAUGUCCAGCGAUCUGAUGUUGGUUAUUAUAUCUGCCAGACAUUAAAUGUUGCCGGAAGUAUCAUCACAAAAGCAUAUUUGGAAGUUACAGAUGGUAAAGAACUGAGAAAUAAAUUCAGCAAACUGGGCGACACGGGUCGGUAUACCUGCAUUGCAUCAACCCCCAGUGGUGAAGCAACAUGGAGCGCUUACAUUGAAGUCCAAGGUAAAUUAGACAAUGUUCCGCCAACAAGUCAGGGGGUAGACCACAAGCAGGUCCAGAGAGAACUGGGAAAUGUUGUCCUGCACCUCCACAACCCUACCAUCCUCUCUUCCUCUUCAAUCGAAGUGCACUGGACAGUGGACCAACAAUCUCAGUAUAUUCAAGGAUAUAAGAUUCUCUAUCGGCCGUCUGGAGCCAACCAUGGUGAAUCGGAGUGGUUAGUUUUUGAAGUGAGGACCCCAACCAAAAACAGUGUGGUUAUCCCUGAUCUCAAAAAGGGAGUCAACUAUGAAAUUAAGGCUCGCCCUUUUUUUAAUGAAUUUCAAGGAGCAGAUAGUGAAAUCAAGUUUGCCAAAACCCUAGAAGAAGCACCCAGUGCUCCACCUCAAAGUGUAACUGUAUCAAAGAAUGAUGGAAAUGGAACUGCAAUUCUUGUUAGCUGGCAGCCACCUCCAGAAGACACUCAAAAUGGAAUGGUCCAAGAAUAUAAGGUUUGGUGUCUGGGCAAUGAAACUCGAUACCAUAUAAAUAAGACGGUAGACGGUUCCACCUUUUCUGUGGUCAUUCCCUCUCUUGUUCCUGGGAUCCGAUACAGUGUGGAAGUGGCAGCCAGCACCGGUGCCGGGCCCGGAGUGAAGAGCGACCCUCAGUUCAUCCAGUUAGAUUCUCAUGGAAAUCCAGUGUCACCUGAAGACCAAGUGAGCCUUGCUCAGCAGAUUUCUGAUGUGGUGAAGCAGCCCGCGUUCAUAGCAGGGAUCGGGGCAGCCUGUUGGAUCAUCCUCAUGGUCUUCAGCAUCUGGCUGUAUCGACACCGGAAGAAGAGGAAUGGACUUACUAGUACUUAUGCGGGUAUCAGAAAAGUCCCGUCUUUUACCUUCACACCAACAGUAACUUAUCAGAGAGGAGGCGAAGCCGUGAGCAGUGGAGGGAGGCCAGGACUUCUCAACAUCAGUGAGCCUGCCACACAGCCAUGGUUGGCAGACACGUGGCCAAACACUGGCAACAAUCACAAUGACUGCUCCAUCAACUGCUGCACGGCAGGCAACGGGAACAGCGACAGCAACCUGACUACCUACAGUCGCCCAGCUGAUUGUAUAGCAAAUUAUAACAACCAACUGGAUAACAAACAAACAAAUCUGAUGCUCCCUGAGUCAACUGUUUAUGGUGAUGUGGACCUUAGUAACAAAAUCAAUGAGAUGAAAACCUUCAAUAGCCCAAAUCUGAAGGAUGGGCGUUUUGUCAAUCCAUCAGGGCAGCCUACUCCUUAUGCCACCACUCAGCUCAUCCAGUCAAACCUCAGCAACAACAUGAACAACGGCAGCGGGGACUCCAGCGAGAAGCACUGGAAACCACCGGGACAGCAGAAACAAGAAGUGGCACCGAUUCAGUACAACAUCAUGGAACAAAACAAACUGAAUAAAGAUUAUCGAGCAAAUGACACAAUUCCUCCAACUAUCCCGUACAACCAAUCAUAUGACCAGAAUACAGGAGGAUCCUAUAAUAGUUCAGACCGGGGCAGUAGUACAUCUGGGAGUCAAGGGCACAAGAAAGGAGCACGAACACCCAAGGUCCCCAAACAGGGCGGCAUGAACUGGGCAGACCUGCUUCCUCCUCCGCCGGCACAUCCUCCACCCCACAGCAAUAGUGAAGAGUACAGUAUUUCUGUAGAUGAAAGCUAUGACCAAGAAAUGCCAUGUCCUGUACCACCAGCAAGGAUGUAUUUGCAACAAGAUGAAUUAGAAGAGGAGGACGAUGAACGAGGCCCUACUCCCCCUGUGCGGGGAGCAGCUUCUUCUCCAGCUGCUGUGUCCUAUAGUCAUCAGUCCACUGCCACUCUGACUCCCUCCCCACAGGAAGAGCUCCAGCCCAUGUUACAGGAUUGCCCAGAGGAGAUUGGCCACCUGCAGCACCAACCUGACAGGAGACGGCAGCCUGUGAGUCCUCCUCCACCACCACGGCCAAUUUCCCCGCCACAUACCUAUGGCUACAUUUCAGGACCCCUUGUCUCUGAUAUGGAUACAGACGCACCAGAAGAGGAAGAAGACGAAGCUGACAUGGAAGUAGCCAAGAUGCAAACCAGAAGGCUUUUGUUACGUGGGCUUGAGCAGACCCCUGCCUCAAGUGUCGGGGACCUCGAGAGCUCCGUCACGGGGUCCAUGAUCAAUGGCUGGGGCUCAGCCUCAGAGGAGGACAACAUUUCCAGUGGACGCUCCAGCGUUAGUUCUUCUGACGGCUCCUUUUUCACCGAUGCUGAUUUUGCCCAGGCAGUCGCAGCGGCAGCAGAAUAUGCUGGCCUGAAAGUGGCACGACGCCAAAUGCAGGAUGCUGCUGGCCGCCGACAUUUUCAUGCAUCUCAGUGCCCUAGGCCCACAAGUCCUGUGUCUACAGACAGCAACAUGAGUGCUGCUGUGAUGCAGAAAACCAGACCAGCCAAGAAACAAAAACACCAGCCAGGACAUCUGCGCAGAGAAGCCUACACAGAUGAUCUUCCGCCUCCUCCGGUGCCACCGCCUGCUAUAAAGUCACCCACUGUUCAAUCCAAGGCACAGCUGGAGGUACGACCUGUAAUGGUGCCAAAACUCCCUUCUGUAGAAGCAAGAACAGAUAGAUCAUCAGAUAGAAAAGGAGGCAGUUACAAGGGGAGAGAAGUAUUGGAUGGAAGACAAGUUGCUGAAAUGCGAACAAAUCUAGGUGAUCCCAGAGAAGCACAGGAACAGCAAAAUGAUGGGAAAGGACGAGGAAACAAGGCAGCAAAACGAGACCUUCCACCAGCAAAGACUCAUCUCAUCCAAGGUACUAAUUUACUCAAGCAGCAGAUAAACAUAGAUGAACAUAUGUUUGCCAAGGCACACAGUUACCCUAUAGCACCACAGGAAAAGUGA